UCUAAUAAUUCACUUUCUGUGCUCAAACCAUCUCAGUCGACUCUUUUCACUUCUAUCUUCCCCAAGAAGCUUGCUUUUCUCUUACCUCUUCACUGUUUUCAACUCUGUCUUCUUCACGAAGAAGCCCUCAUUCUGUUUUUUCAAGGACUUCAAGAAACCCAUCACUGAGUUUUUGAGCCAAAAAUGGAGGGAAAAGAAGAACAUGCAAUAGGGAUCGACCUGGGAACCACGUACUCGUGUGUUGCAGUGUGGCAGCACGGUCGUGUUGAGAUCAUACCCAACGAACAGGGAAACAGGACGACUCCGUCUUACGUUGCCUUCACCGAUUCCGAGAGCUUGGUCGGCGAUGGAGCUAUUAACCAGGUGGCCAGAAACCCCACCAACACCGUCUUUGAUGCGAAGAGGUUGAUUGGUAGAAGAUUUAGUGACACCUGUGUUCAAAAUGAUAUGAAGCUUUGGCCAUUCAAGGUCAUUGAAGGUUCAAGCGACAAACCCAUGAUUGUGGUCCACCACAUGGGUCAAGAGAAACAGUAUACUGCUGAAGACAUUUCAUCCAUGGUAUUGGGAAAGAUGCGUGAGACUGCUGAAGCCUACAUUGGCAAAACUGUGAAGAAUGCAGUAGUAACUGUCCCUGCCUACUUCAACAACUCACAGCGUGAAGCUACAAAACAUGCUUCUGCCACUGCCGGACUCAAUGUGAUUCAUAUGAUCAACGAACCAACUGCUGCAGCCAUCGCUUAUGGGCUUGACAAGAAGGCUGGUUGGUAUAACAACAGAAAUGUGAUGAUUUUUGACUUGGGUGAUGGCACUUUAGAUGUGUCUCUGCUUAGCAUAAAUACUUCUGGUGUCUUUGAAGUGAAGGCAACUGUUGGAGACACUCACCUUGGGGGUGGAGACUUUGAUAGCAAAAUGGUCAACUUCUGUGUUGAGGAAUUCAAGAGGAAGCAUAACGUGGAUCUUAGUGGAAACUCCAAGGCUCUUAGGAGGUUAAGACAUGCCUGCGAGAAGGCAAAGAGGAGGCUUUCAUAUGCCACUGUGACUGAUAUUGAAAUUGAAUGUUUGCAUCAGGGUACCGAUUUUUUUGUAAGUUUUACCCGUGCCAAAUUCGAAGAACUCAACAAGGGUUUCUUCAUCAAGUGCAUAGAGCCUGUGGUUAAGUGUUUGAAGGAUGCUAAGAUGGAUAUCAGCAGCGUCCAUGAUGUUGUCCUUGCUGGUGGUUCAUCUAGAAUUCCCAAGGUGCAGCAGCUAUUACAGGAUCUGUUCAAGGGGAAGCAGUUGUGCAAAAGCGUUAAUCCUGAUGAGGCAGUGGCAUAUGGUGCUGCUAUUCAAGCUGCAGCCUUGAGUGGGAAUGAAAAUGGGAUGCUUCAAGGCUUUGCUCUCUUGGAUGUCACCCCACUCUCACUUGGAGUUGAGACUCAAGGCUGCAACGUCAUGUAUGUUGUGAUCCCAAGAAACACUAGAAUUCCCACCACAAUGAAAAGGAGUAUUACUACUUUGUACGACUACCAAACUGCCAUUUCCACACCCAUUUUUGAGGGGGAGAGUCCAACAACAUUAGAAAACAAUUUCUUGGCUGACUUUGUCAUCUGUAACAUUCCUCCAGCUCCCAAGGGUGUCGCUGGAUAUUAUAUUUGCUUUGACAUUGAUGCUGACGGCAUUCUGUGCAUUUCUGCUGAGAAUAAGUUCACUGGUGAGAAGCAAGGGUGUACAAUCAUCUCUACAAACAAGAUAAAACAAGAAGAAUUCAAGAAAAGCAAGAGAAAACUUGAUAGAAGGGAGCUAAGCAAGAUAAACCAAGAAGAAAAUGUGACAAGCAAGAUCAAAUGUAAAGCAACCGAGACAAGCAAGAGAACACUUGAUGGAAGGGUGAAACAUGCAAGGUAAAACCCUAAAUCGUGAAGGAACUGGAACUGAGCAAGCAAGAAGAUAUAAAUUGAGACCGUUGAUGGCCUUUUUGUUUUUGAUAUUUUACCGGUGAUGCCUUUGGCUCGACGGUUUUGGAUAACUGUCCGAUAUGCCCAAACUGUUGAUCAUAUUUAGUUUUGGGGGAGUGAGGUGGAUGGCCAUCCUUUUGCUGGUGGGUCAUGCAUCAUUGUGACUUGCUGUUCUUUCACUCAGAGACUUAUUAUUUUCUCUGAGAUUUUUCUUGCCUGAUCACUAUAGCUUGCAAGCAUUUCAGUUCUAUAAACCACAAA